AUGUCCAGCCCUGGAUUAGCGUUCGCCAACUUGACACUUCUCUUGGAUGUGCCACAGUUGCCAGCAAUAUUGGCUGGAGAUAUAUUUACCAAAUAUCGUAUCUAUUCUAAUCAGAUCUUACUAGACACAUUUACUAAUGCUAAUAUGUUAUCAGACAUCCAUUACCCGUAUAAUCGAAUUAACAUACAGUCUUAUGCAAUUAAUAAGAUGGGAAGAUCCAGGAAAUACACUUCAGAUUUGUCUAUGUGUCCCUUCGGGGUACCGUAUUGA